AUGUGGAGGUCAUCAAUAACCACCUUCCAGGUCCUCGAGCCGGCGCUCCUGCAAACCAACCGAUGCCUUAGCUCCCAAUUUCGAAACACUGCAUCAGUCGCAACCCUGCGCUCCAUACGCCACUAUGCCACCAAUGGAACCCCCAAUGACUCGAAUGAUCGCAAGAAUGCCGUAUCAAAAUCAACCCCAAAGCCCUCAGUACCAUUCCAGCAGAACCCAGCCCCAACUCCCACACCAGCUUCCAAGCCAGGCGACCCAGACUUUGUACCUCCGGUCCUAAGCCGUCCAAUUGGCGCACAAGAUCCUCCCCACGUUGGAGAGAACACUGGAAAAGACGAUCGCUCAAUCAGACAGCGACGUGAUGAUUUUGUGGACUAUGACAAGCAUAUUGCGCGACGAAAGGAAUUAACACGACAAGUCGCUAAGCCCUACUUCCGUGAAUGGAACAACCUACAAUACCACAAGGGUAAAACCUUUAUCUCGAAUCCUCGGCUCUUCCGCGCCGACAAGGCACUAUACUUUCCCAACAUGCGAGGUAUCACACUCUCCUCGCCAAAAGACCCUCAAGAUACCACAUCAACCCUGAGAGGGAAGGUUAGUGUUGUGAACCUCUUCUGCAGUCUUUGGGCCGAGGAACAGACAACAACAUUCACUGGCAACUUCAACGGGGAAGACAGAAACCCUGCUCUAAAAGAGUUGCUGGCGAAGAACUCCAAGUUUGCGCAAAGAAUCGAUAUUAAUUUUGAGGAGAACCGUAUGAAGGCCUGGAUCGUCAAGCGCUUUUUGGGUGGCGUGCGCAAGAAGUUCCCUGUUGAACAACACCCUCGGUACUUCUUGGUCGAGAAGGGUUUCAGUGAGACCAUGAAGGAGUCUGUCGGUAUGGUGAACAAGUUUGUCGGCUAUGUCUAUCUUGUUGAUGCGGAUUGCCGCAUCCGAUGGGCUGGCAGUGGACCGGCGCAUCCUGAUGAGGUGGAGAUUAUGCAUAAUGCGUUGGAGAAAUUGAUUGACGAGCAGAAGGCUGCAGAGAAACAGUCAUCUACUCGCCGCUAA